UUUACAUUCAGGAUUUAAAGAGCUUUUCUGAGAACAAUAAGGUACCCAAACAUGCAAAUCAAGGCGGUAUUACAAUCAGUCAUUCUGGCCUGUAUAUUAGCUGAACUAGCAGCUGCUAGAAAAAAUAAGAAGAAUAAAAAUCCAAAGAAAAGUGUACAAACUAGGAACUUUGAAAAAAGGGAUAUUUCAACAAAACAAGUUUGUGUGGAUGUAGUGUUUGUAGUGCAAAACUCGCACAAUGUAGAAACCAUGCUGUUUGGAGCAGACCUUUACAUCAAAUAUUUCAGUACAAUGUUUGAUAAGAGCUCUGGCAUUUCUUUAGUCACAUACAGUUCUGCAGCCCAACAAGUUCUACCACUUAUGAGCAACUCUGAAUUCAAGAAGGUCUACAGUGAGGCAUACCUCAAAAGCCCUACACAAACAAAUGAGGCAAAUACAAUUGAUGCACUAGAAUUUGUGAAUCGCAAUAUCAAGGAUUUGUUUCCUAAACCGUCAAAUGGGAGGCUGAUCAUACUCUUCACUGAGGGUGUGACCAUUACCAGCACGGUUAACAAUGAGGAUAUCAAUGAGAAGCUGAAAGCACAGAUUACAAGCCUUCAAAGAAACAAAGUGAAAAUUGCCCCAAUAAACUACGACUUUGACUUUGAUUCCGCUGAAUUUGAUUUGUACGAAAGUACUUCGAUAAAACAAAGUACUGUCAAGAAUGAAUUUCAUAUGACGGAGGAUUUCAGAGUAGAGUUCCAGGAUUGUAUAAAUAAUGAGUUUCAUUGUUAGACAUUAAUGGUAAGAUAAGUGUUAGUAAGCACCUCAUUUGGGUUAACACAAGUUAUAAAUUCUCAUUUCCUCAUGUCUCAUUUCAGACUGCCGUGUUGGGAAACAGAUUCAAGUAGAGAUAACUGUAAAAGAUCAAUGCAAAUUCACAUUCUAUAUUUAUAAUUAGUGCUCUAAAGUCCAGGGAUCAAAAAGGCCAACACUUCCUUAUUGAAAGAAGGGCGGGGUCACUUAAAGGU